CGUCCUGGUGCCAAGUGCAGGAGCACGUUUGAAGUCAUGGCUCUCUGCACGUUCCUCCAGCAGCCGCACGUUCUCCUCUUCUUCUUCUUCUUCUUGCUGCCGCUGCGCUUCUGGUUCUGUGUGUCUGCAGACGUGCUGGAGGUGAUGAGUGACGAGGAGGCACCUGAACUCAAGUGCACUGAGGGUUUGACUGACUGCCACGUGAACUCGGUCUCUGCGUUCUCUGCCGUCCUGCCUGAACCUAACGAUGCAGUGGAUGUGACACACGUGCAGCUCAGAGUGAUGCUGUGCUGUUCAGCCACACAAGACUGUGAACUCUGCCUGCGAGUCAUCAUCACAGUCAGAGCUGCAGAGGACGAUCGUGUGAAGCAGGUUUCUGAAGAGUCUGGUGACCACGCCGAUGAGGACGAGUUCCUCAGCCUGAACCCACCGUCAGAGGGAAGUGGUCAGCAUGUGCUCCCUGAACCACCAGCUUUGGUUCAAGUGUGUCUCAGCUCUCCGGGUCGUCAGGAGGUUUGGAAGACGCUGCAGUUCAAACUGAGCCAAUCUGGUGUAAUCCAGUCUUCCCAAACUCCCGCAGAGAAGCAGAUGCAGCUGCUGCUGACAGAGACUGUGGCGUUCGACAGUCCCGUCGUGGUCCACGUGUAUGCGCGUUCAACGGGAACUCACGACAUCGUCAAAAAUAUCACAAUCCCAUCUUUGGAAGAAGUUUGCUCCAUGAACCUAGAGACGACGGUGAAGGAGUGUGAUGCUCCCAGACUCCGGGCUGAGUUCGAUUCCGAGAGAAACGCGGUCCUCCUGCUGCUGGAGGACGCCGACGCCAGGCGAGACGACCUCAUGUAUCGGAUGAUUUGGAACGAAAGGCCUGGAGAGAUUCUGUCAUGGCCAAAGGGCAAGAGAGAAAUGGUUAUAUCUUCAAACGUCAUCGCUCCAUGUCUGUGUUUCCAGGUUUGGUGGAGGGGAAAGGAGCUUCGAAGACAAUUAUGCCCUUUCAUGAACCAACGAGAUGCACUUGAAAGAAUGCAGCACAACGUGUCCGUGUCUGUGGAGGAGUUUCAGACGAGGGAGGGAGGCACUGGCCUGAGCUGGAAUGUGACUGCCCCCUGCAGACUGGAGGCAGACGUGUGGCUGUGCAGGAAACAUGUGGCCAGAGGCCAAUGUGACGAGGUGACAGGCUCCAGACAGAGGCUCCAUCAACAUGAACAUGCAGGAUGGAGUGCAACGCGCAACGGACACUGGAAAACAGGGGAGUUCAAUUUGUCAUCACACCCUCUGCUCUGUGUUCAGAUAAAGAUACAUGGGAUGGAGUCGUUCUUAGAGCCUCAGUGCCCGUUUGCCACAUCCCGGUGGAGAUGGAGUCUGCCGCUCCUCGUCGGGUUGCUGCUGAUGUGCCUGACCAUACUAGGAGCCUAUUUUAUACAAGGGGUCCUGAAAGGCUACGUUUGGAGGUGGUUGAAAGAAGACGACGUUAAAGGUGCAGUGGGUGGUGGCCAUGUGGUGUUGCUGUACUCGUCCGAUGACAGCCAGGAUCUGCCGGAGUUGAUGUGUCACCUCGGCUCCUCCCUCCAGACUCUGGGUUUCAGUGUGUCUCUGGAUCUGUGGAGCCAGUCAGAGCUCAACGUACUGGGGCCCGUGCCUUGGCUUCAUUCGAGACUGGACCGACUGAAGCGGCAGGGCGGUAAAGUGGUGCUCGUGCUGACGCAGGCCUCAUGGAGAAGAGCUGAAGAAUGGGGAACUCAGAGCUGGGAGAGAAGCACUCCCAGAGAUGGGAAUCGACACAGGGAGGGGGAGACAAGCAAACCUACUCCUUCUCCCUGUGUCGACGCCUUCAGUGCGUCACUGAGCUGCAUUCUCGCAGACUAUCUACAGGGCCGCGCUGGUGAGCGGUUCAUGUUGAUACAGUUUGAGUCACUUCCACCAGAACCUCAAGGUUGUUUCAGGCCACUGCCAGAACUUUUUCGCGGCCUUCACGUCUACAGCCUCCCCUCCCAGAGUCUGGGUUUCCUGACUGAACUGGCCGGAGCUCGUCGAAUGACGACCGCGUCAGCCAGACGUAAGAGGGCAGGGGGCCUCAGGGUGGCAUCUCGAACUCUCGCAAGAGGGCUGUCGGGGUUUACAGCAGGGACAACGAUAUUACACCUGGCAGCCGUGUCUCCGCGUUGCGUUGGGGUACAAGAGGAAGCCGUGCCGUUACAGCAGUGUCUGAUUACGCCUCCUUCCAGCCCGGACUCAAGAUCCAAGGUCAGUGAAAUGGAAUGGGUCUGAUGACAGGAGAGGAUGACCCAUGAUGACCAAACCUCAGUUUUCAGAUGAGAAGACAGUAAUGACAUGAAGGAAUCUGGAGUAAUCCUCUGACUUCUUCACACUGGCACGACUCCAGCAGGGUUACAGUUUCAGGAACCAAACUUUGAACUGAAUUGAAAUAGAAUUGGAACCAACCAAGGAUUGGAGUUGGUUACCACCAGGAACCCAAAAAUACAUCCUCAGUGGGCAUGUUAAUGUAACCUGUAGAUGAGAAGAAGGAAAGACAACGUGAAGAUGUUGAUGGAAACAAAGAACAUGCAGGGGCCUCCAGAAGAAGCAAAAGGUUUGGUAGUGAUUUGGGAGUCCCCUGAAUUAGCACAAUGUGAUCUACCAUGUUUCCACAGUUGUGUUUACAUCCUCCCAUCUUCUGAAUUGAACACUGUUGAUGCGUCAGGUAGUGGAACAUUGGUUCUGCUUGACAAGUGUGGGCUGGUUCGGACCGAGGGUCCAAAUGGAACUAGAGCCUGAACGGGAACCAUACCAGUGCUUACUGGUGUGAAAACAAUAUGAGAGAUACUUGUUGAGAGAUUAUUAUUUUUCAACCUCUUUAGACAUCUAGGGCCUUGUAGCCAUUAAAAACGUGUUUAUUUUGUUUGGCUUUAAGUGCGUAACUUUGACACAUGAAACUAAGGGAAACCACAGAAAGGUGGUGUGUGGUGAGUUUAUUUCAAAAAGAGCUUACAUCGCAUGUUCAGCUACAGAAAUCUUUCUAAAACCUACAAAUUUUCUGAAAAUCACCUCAUUUGUAUUUGCACCCAGUGUAUUUUUGGCUUAUCACGAUACAUUCAGCCUGUCAUGUGUCUUGAAAACAAUGAUAUCAGACAGAGCAUCAGUUCUUAAAGGGAGAGACAAGCAUAAGCUGAUUUUCUUUUUGUCUUAUGUGCAUUUAUUUACUCGUAAUGACAAUCUGGGUGUCCAUGUAUUGACUUUUUAUUUGAGAGACUCAAAUAAAAAUCUUUUAACUCAA